AUGGAACAGCUGGGAGAGGUAGCGUUAUUGGUGAACUCGCAUUGUUGUACGGCAGGCAAAGAUGAGGAGCUCCUGAAAGAAGAACUCUCAGAGGUUGACAGGGUCAUCGACAAGGUAUCUGGGGUCAAGAAACGCUAUGAUGGCGACAUUGUUCGACGAUUCGUGCCAAUGCGGGGUUGGCUCUGGUCGAGAUGGAAAGGUACCAUCCCUCAACAGGUAUGGAAGACUGUCAUUGUGAAUCUUUUCGUGUCAGUGGGGGUUUCCACCUUGAUCCGCAAUUAUUCGCAGCCAACAUGGGCCAUCGGGAUGUUGCCUGACUCGCAAAAUCACAUUAUAUCACGGCUUGUUGGGCUCAAAAUGGUAUGGAAGUACCUGAUGACCAUCACAACAUUCAUUUUGACGUUCUUCUUGAGUCAGGCAUACUCGUUGUGGAGAGACUUUUACUCACUAACCCGAAAGAUUCAAGGUCGAAUGAAUGAUCUUGGGUUGUUGAUUGCAGCAGCCGCGAAACGUGACAAGAAUGGAAUGUAUACAGAAGAAGGCAAACGUCUCAUUGAUGAUACUAGUGCGUAUAUGAGGCUAUUUCACAUCUUGAUGUGGGCAACCUUCUCAAAACGCUUGGACGUCCUCCUCAGUGAUACUGGUUUGCGGAGAAUGAUUAGCCGAGGUCUCUUGAGUCAAAAAGAAUAUGAAACCUUGCGAUUGCUACCUACAGAAGUUGGUUACCCAAACGCAUGCGUGAUUUGGAUUUUGGCAAGAUGUAUACAGGCAAUGGACGACGGGUCGCUUACAAAUGACCCCGUUCUGCGAGAACAAAUUUAUAUUAAGGUCCUUGAACUCCGUUCCACAUGUGCAAGCAUUCCAGAUCUUCUCGCUGCAGUGAUCCCGCUUGCGUACGCUCAUAUAGUGCAAAUCCUGGUUGAUAUCUUUAUCUCCCUCUCUCCUUUUGCCUUGUACAGCGAAGUGGGGGUUUGGAGCACACCUGCAGUUGCUUUACUGACGAUUUUCUACAGUGGGCUCUUGGAUUUAUCAAAACUUUUGCUUGAUCCGCUUGACAACAAUGGUUUCUACAAUGAUAGUGUGAACAUGGACAUCCCAGUGCUCAUUCGAGAAUCCAAUUCUGGUUCGACAAGGUGGAGUCAAGGAGCAAAGUACCUCCUCUUCUGA